AUGUUGUUUCAAUACCUCAUCAGCCUUUUACUCGCAUUGCUUGUAGGCAAUGCGUCUGCUGUCAAACUCGCCCCGAUCAGCAACCUGGAGGAUCUCACUGGCCCUCUGACCAAUUCAAAGCGAGAAUCAAGCUUUACGGGGGACUUGGACCUUCAAGACUUCGAGACCUUCUUUUGGGGUGCUCCCGCCGGCAAGAAUCUCAUUUAUGCCAACCUCACGGCUUACUUCCCCGAACAAUAUCGCUAUGUCAUCGCCAUGGAGCGCUUCGCCGGAAAGCUCAAAUCCGUCCAGUGUGCCGAAGACAUGAUGCUCGAGUUCAUCGAUGACGCCGCCUUUCAAUACGCCAAGGACGUCUGGAAUUGGGUCAACCAAGAUGUGAAUAACUCUUUCAUCAUGGUCACCAAUUACGAGGGCUGUGCAGACGAUAUGGAGCGCCUACCCUUCGUCGUGUCCAAUAUGAGAUAUGAUGAAGCACAGAAUAAGGCAUACCUCACCGCCGACUUGAUGGAGUGGGAGGAGGUUUUGCAUUCAUACACCCUGAACGUCGGCCACAUGCCCUUGACUCCGAACCAUAGGAUGCUUAUGGAGAGGGGUCUCGUGCCUCGUGGGCCUGAUUUCAGCAUGGACCUCACGAGUGGGUUCGACAAAAAUUUGUUCUCCGCUACAGUAGGAGGAUGGACGACGAGUGUGGAUGCUGUAGUGAGGACUGUAGGUAGCCUUGACGUCGACUUCGAUCUGGACGUCGACUGGCUGAAGCUCAAGUCCGCCUCCAUGACCAUCACGCCCGAAGACGUCGCUGCCUCAAUCCAACUUGCCCUCUCCGAGCACGGUACCUUGGCCCAGGCAUACAGCUGGCAGAAGACAAUCAUUUCAAUACCGAUUGAAGGAAUUGAGAUCGCAAAGGUGGUCAAACUCGGCGCCUUCCUCGACGUGGAUGUUGGCUUUACCAUGGAGGAGUGGGCCGGAACCGCCACCGCAAACCUUGGUGCGCGCAUGGAAAUCUCGAACUCCGCUAUAGUCAAGAUCGAUCUCGUCAAAUCGAGCAACAAUCAAUUCUCAGGCUGGACGCCAACAUUUACGCCUAUUCCUUUGACGUUGAGUGCGAAGGUAGAGGGUUCUGCGAAGGUCUAUGCAGAGCCGAAUAUCAAGUUGGAGGCCUCAGCCCUCGGCAAGGGAUGGAACGUAGGACUCAACCUCCAGAUGCCUUAUAUCCAAGCCGACUUUGCGGCAAUGCUAGACACCACCGGCGUCUGUGAGACCAAGAAGACGAUCGGUGUUGACAUCGAUGCUCGCAUUGGCGUGCAGCUCAGUGCUCAGGCAGCAACAAAGGGCAAUGAAGCGAACCCGUUUUGGGAACAGGAGCUCUACUCGAACGAAUGGGAUCUUUUCUCCAAGUGCCUAGCAUUCGGACCUGAGAACGCGAAGACCGGUGAGGUGGCCGACCCUAAUCCGCCUGCGUCGAAGACGAAGAAGCCGAAAUCUACAGCCAAGGCGAGCAAGACGAAGACGAGCAAAAAGCCAGCAUCAACUAAACCACCUAAAUCUACCAAAGUACCUAAUUCAACGAAACCUGAGCCUACUAAGGCCCCGUCAUCGAAGCAGACGAAGACUGAGGAACCUUCGCCUACUAAGGCUGCUACAAGCAAGACUAAGAAACCUACCGCGACGGGAAAGUCCAGUGGCUCGAAGACAUCGGAGUCGCCAUCUGCUACAGAUAUCGAUUCUACUGCUACUGUUAAGCCUAGCGGGACGAAGAAACCAUCGGGCACGAAGCGAACUUCUGGAUCCACGAAGCCUACUUUUGCUGAUGAGAGUACGGCCAAGACGACACACACUUCCGAGACAACCAGAGGCACGCGGGACGCUACACUCUCCAGCACGGUUUCCUAUACUUCUUCUGAGCCAACCAAGGGCAUGUGCGAUGCCACCCUAUCCAUCCCGUGCACUCCUUCAGCAACUGAUAGCACAACCCCCAGUGCCUCGUCGACGAGCUUCAGUACCCUCUCCUGGACUAACUCCUCCCGUGUACGGACCCGUACAGAUGAUGGCCCUGGAAACACAGUAGAGUCGCCUGCCACGACUGGGGACGCCCCCUCAGCAAGUGACGAGCCCACACCUCCGGUGUCCGCGACUGGUAGCGAUACUCCCGCUCCCACAUCCGCCGGAGACGAGGGCUCUCCGGCCUCAUCAGGAGGCAGUGAUUCCCCUCGCCCCACGUCCGCAGGAGACGAUAGUUCACCGUCCUCCGGUACCACGAAGCCCCCAAGUACCCUCUCGACGCAAACCACGUUUUCAUCCUCCAGCUUAUCCAGCGCCUCCGCCGAAGUCUGCGACAUCAGCGGUCACGGCUGCAAAACCUGCCGUGACUCCUUCGACAUGGACGCCCCGACCCGGGAAUACUUCGCCAUUGAGCAAGAAGGCAUUCCCGACUCGACCACCAACGCAACACUCAACCUGCUCAAGCGCGCAACUCGCCUCUACAAAUACGUCUGCGGCGCCGCCGCCUUCCCCAUCUCCAUGGCCGAAUACCCGACCUACAAGUCGCGCACCGACAAACCGCACAUCGUCACCGUCUCAGACUGGUACCAAGCCGCCAACCCAACCGACUGCCUGAACCACAAAAUCACCACGACCGCCGCGAACCCGCCCACCAGCAGCCACACGAACCCGAUUUUCGCCGCCGAGCACGUGUACGAGGGGAACUGGGUGGUGAAUUUCCUGCGCUUCCUGCACGAGAGCGAGGGCAUUGCGUGCGAGGACAUGAAAGCGCUGUUCUUCACACCAGCCGCGAACCAGACGAACAACACAGGCGCGACGUGGGCGCAGGCGCUCAUGGAGUCCCUCGGCUCGCAGACAAACCAGCACCUGCUCGUCUUCCUGCGGCAGAACAUCAACGGCGCGAAGUUCCGCAUCUUCAUGGACGGCAACGACAUCAUCGCGGAGAAGGGGUUCAAGGACGCGGCCGCGCGCGGCAAAAUGGAGCGCGUCGCCGUCGUCGGCCGUGCGCUGGAUUACCUCGCGCAGCCGCACGUCGGCUCUAUCCUCGAGGACACCGCGAAGAAGGUCGAGGAGACGCUCGAUGCGCUCGCCACAGCCGCAGCUGCUAGCAGCGAGUUGAAGGGUAAGCUGGGUGAGCUGGAGAAGGGGGGUAAGUUGAAGAGGAAGCAUCGGAGUUGGCUGAAUGGCUUUUUGGAGAGUAGGAAUAAGGUCGCGACGAGGAGUGUGAAGAGGUGGGCGAGUGAGGCCAGCGAGGCGUAUGAGACGGAGACGCCGGGGCUGCCGCGGAGCACGGAUUCGGCGGGGAGGGUGCAUCAUUCGGAUAAGACGCUGAGUUUUAUGCAGGCGCUGCAGACGGAUCCGCCGAGGGGGUUUAAUGCUGCUAAGUAUGCGCCGUUGAUCUGA